AUGGGGGCCAGCACAGACGGACCUUCUACGUUGGCAGCGGGCCGACAGGAGAAGUUCAAGAAGCAUAUGCAUCCACGACAGCAGCAGCAGCAACAGCAGCAGGGGCAGAAGAAGCACCAGCAGCAGAAGCGGCACAAGCAGCACAAGCAGCCUAAGAAAUGGAAACAGCAACAGCAGCAUAUAGAUGCAGCAGCAGCAGCUAGUGACGACGAAGAAGAAUAUGCAGCAGCAGCAGCAGCAACAGCAGCAACUGCAGCAGCAGCAGCAGAUGAAGAUGAUGAUACCCAAUCUACAGAGGAUAUGUAUGACGCUGAAGAGAGUGAAUCAGCAGCAGAAGAAGAAGAAGCAGCAGCAGCAGCAGCAGAAACAGCAUCAGCAGCAGCAGCAGAAGGAGAAGAGGGAGGAGUACCGUGUGACCCCUUAUCUGAAGCAGCAUCAUUAGCAGCAGAAGAAUCUGCUGCAGCAUCAGCAGCAAGAGGAGAAUCAGCAGCAGGAGGAGGAGCAGCAGCAGCAGCAGGAGAUAUAUUUGCUAUAGAUAGUUACUCUAAAUGGUAUUUCUUACAUAUUCGACUACGACGCUCUCUAAUUCAUCAUAAAUUCAAAUUUCCAACAAAAAUUCAACUCUUAGCAAUUCCUACUCUUCUUCAUGGUCAUGAUACUCUUAUACAGUGUCCUACUGGAUUAGGGAAGACAUUAUGUUUAGCUAUACCAUUAGUGCAGCGCGUGCUGCGCCUAUCGCAGCAGCAGCGGCUGCAGCGGCAAGACGGCACAAGAGGGAUAGUCUUGCUGCCUACAAGAGAAUUAACUAUACAGGCUACGCAAAUAUUCUCUAAAAUUACACAAUUAUUUCCUUGGCUUACUGUAUCCGCUAUUGUUGGUGGAGAGAAUCAUCGUAUAUUAGAUCUAGGGUUUGAGGCUAAAUUGAGGUGUAUAUACACCGCAUGCAUGCAAAAAAUACAAGAAGAAACAGAAAUACGCAAAAUUAAAGAACAAGCAAGAGAGGAAUGGAACCAGGAGCAGCAGCAACUGCAGCAGCAGCAGCAGCAACAAGAAGGAGGAGAAGGAGAAGAAGGAGGAGAGGAAGGUAUGCAGCAGGUAGACAGUGAUGACGAGCAGCAGCAACUACAGGCAUUACGUCAUAAGGAGACUCUACACGAACAAUACGGCAGCAGCAGCAGCAGCAGCAGCAGCAGCAGCAGCAGCAGGGAGGCCCCCUUCCAAGUAGCCAUGGCCUCCGCUACAUUAACACCAGCAGUAAAGAGACUAGCCAACUUUUGUCUCCGUAAGGAUCCUCAAUGGGUCUCCUUGUCCCUUUAUCCUGUUGCUGCUGCUCGUAUGGCGGAGGUGCAGCAGCAGCAGCAGCGUAUUCUUAAGCAGCACCAGCAGGAGGAGGAGGAGGAGGAGGAGCAGCAGCAGCAGCAGGAGCAGCAGGAAAUAGAUGAGGAAGAAAAGGAAAGAAGAGAACUGCAGCACGACGAACCUCUUACGGAUAAACAAAGAGAUAAAAUGAUUAAACGUCUUUGCUGCUGCAGCAUGCCUGCUGCUGCUGCUGCUGCUGAUGGCAGCAGCAGCAGCAGCAGCGAGACAGGGAAGCCACCUGUCUUUGAUGUCCCUCCACAGCUGCAGCAAUUCUGUUUAGUAGUAGAGCCACGGCUGCGUCUGCUGCUGCUGCUGUCCUGUCUCCUUGCUGCAGAGGAGAGCAACAAGAAGCUAGUUGUAUUUGUCUCCUCUUGUGAUCAUGUUGAGUUCCUCUAUCUGCUGCUGCUGCGGCUGCGGUGGCCGCUGCUGCUGCAGCACGACAGACAGAAGCGUCAGCGUAUGCUGCAGCAGCAGCAACUUAUGCAUAAAUUAAAAGUGCAGCAGCAGGAGCAGCAGCAGCAGCUGCAGCGAAUAGCAGACAACAUAAAACAGCAUAAAAAGAAUACCCGCAAGGCGCACUUCCCAUCAGCAGCAGCAGCGACAGCAGCAGCAGCAGCAGCAGCAGACGAUGAUGAUGAUGAUGAGGACCCAACACAGGACCCUCUUGCUGAUGACGAUCUAGCUGACGAGGCCCCCGGCCUGUGGGGCCCCUUCGUGCUGCAGCGCCUAGAGAUAUUUAAAUUACAUGGUAGUAUGAAUAGAGAUGACAGACUUGGGUGUAUGGAUGAAUUCACAAAACUUAGCGGAGAAGGAGCGGUACUCUUAGCAACAGAUGUUGCAGCUAGAGGUCUAAACCUCCCCGAGGUUGACUGGAUAAUUCAAUUUGAACCACCGCAGCAACUUGAGGAGUACAUACACCGCAUUGGUCAAUAUAUGGAUUAUUUAACCUCUCGGGGUCUUAAACUAAAAGAAUUGUCCUGCGAGAGGAUGUGCACCUCUCUGCUGCAGCGUGCUCCCCCUAAUGUAGGCCUAGGGGAGGGGAGGCGCAGCAACAAGAACAGCAGCAGCAGCAACAACAACAGCAACAACAAUAAUAGCAGCAGCAACAACAGCGGCAGCUUGAGCCCGCAGCAAGAGGCCUCCCUGCGCUUUUUAGUUCGCCAAUUCUGCGAAUAUGUUGCACCAAGGCAGCGACUAAUUGAGGCAGCAAGGAGAGCUUUCCUCUCCUCCGUCAGGGCAUAUAAGACACAUAGUAAAGAAUUACGCAGUAUAUUUGAUUCAGCAAAGUUGCCUCUUGGUCGUCUUGCUGCUUCCUUCUGUAUAAAUGAGACUCCUAAGGAAAUAGCUGGAUACGUGCGUCGUAACCCGCAGCAGCAGCAGCAGCAGCAGCAUAAGCAUAAGCAGCAGCAGCAGCAGCAGCAGCAGCAGCAUAAGAGGAAACGAAUCGAUGAGUUCGAACGGGAGGGAAAUACUAACAACUACAGCAGCAGCAGCAACGGGAACCACAAACAGCAAAAGCAGCAGCAGCAGCAGCAGCCUAAGCCAAAGCGCCAUAGACUGCAGCAGCCGCAGCAGCACAACCAACAGCAGCACCAGAUCGAGGUAGUACCCAGCAGCAGCAGCGGUAGCAGCAGCAGCAGCAGCAGCAGUGCAACAUCACGUGCUGUUAAGUUGCUGCAGGCACGUGGCGAACUCCUUAAAUCCAGCAGCAGCAGCAGCAGCAGCAAGAAGAGCAGCAAAAAGGGGAGAGCAAACUAG